GCGGGGGAGGAGGAGGAGGCAGUGUGAUGGCCCUGGACGGCGAGCGGGGGGAACAGGAGGAGGAGAAGAAAAAGAAGAAGAAGAAAAAGAAGAGGAAGAAGAAGAAGGAGGAGGAGGGGGCUGAGAAGAGCAGCUUACCUUUCGCCGCCACGAUGGGGGAGAACGACGCUGCGCUCCGGGCCGGCGGCAGGGGGCUCUCGGACCCGUGGGCGGACUCCGUGGGGGUGCGACCCCGCACCACCGAGCGCCACAUCACGGUGCACAAACGGCUCGUACUGGCCUUCGCCGUGUCCAUCGUGGCACUGCUCGCUGUCACCAUGCUCGCAGUACUGCUCAGCUUGCGCUUCGACGAGUGUGGGGCGAGCUCAGCGCCCGGCGCCGACGGCAGCCCCGCCGGCUUCCCACCGCGCGGUGGCAACGGGAGCCUUCCGGGUUCGGCCUGGCGCAACCACCACGCCGGCGGGGACUCAGCGCAGCCUGAGGCAGGUGCGGAGGCCACCCCUGGGACCCCGUCGGCCCAGCCGUCGGAGGAGCAGCAGGAGCAGUGGCAGCCGUGGACGCAGCUGCGCCUGUCCGGCCACCUCAAGCCGCUACACUACAAUCUGAUGCUCACCGCCUUCAUGGAGAACUUCACCUUCUCCGGGGAGGUCAACGUGGAGAUCGCGUGCCUGAACGCCACCCGCUAUGUCGUGCUACACGCCUCCCGGGUGGCGGUCGAGAAGGUGCAGGUGGCCGAGGACCGGGUGGCGGGGGCUGUCCCGGUGGCUGGCUUUUUCCUCUACCCGCAAACCCAGGUCUUGGUGGUGGUGCUGAAUAGGACCCUGGACGCGCAGAGGAAUUACAACGUGAAGAUUAUCUACAAUGCCCUGAUCGAGAACGAGCUCUUGGGCUUCUUCCGCAGCUCCUAUGUGCUCCACGGGGAGAGAAGAUUCCUUGGUGUUACUCAGUUUUCGCCUACACAUGCCAGAAAGGCAUUUCCUUGUUUUGACGAGCCCAUCUACAAGGCUACUUUUAAAAUCAGCAUCAAGCAUCAAGCAACCUAUUUAUCUUUAUCCAAUAUGCCAGUGGAAACUUCCGUGUUUGAGGAAGAUGGAUGGGUUACGGAUCACUUUUCACAGACCCCUCUUAUGUCCACAUAUUAUUUAGCCUGGGCUAUUUGCAACUUCACAUACAGAGAGACUACCACCAAGAGUGGGGUUGUAGAAUUCAAUGAGAAAUUCCAUCAGAAGGGCCUCUGUGGAAAUGUAAGAGAUGCUCAUGGUGGAGGUAGUUCUUCUACCUUCUCUUCCCCUAGGGAGAGACAGUGUGAACAGCAAGUACGAUUAUAUGCAAGACCCGAUGCCAUCAGAAGAGGAUCUGGGGACUAUGCUCUCCAUAUAACAAAGAGAUUAAUAGAAUUUUAUGAGGACUACUUUAAAGUGCCCUAUUCCUUGCCAAAACUAGAUCUUUUAGCUGUGCCUAAGCAUCCGUAUGCUGCUAUGGAGAACUGGGGAUUAAGUAUUUUUGUGGAACAGAGAAUACUGCUGGAUCCCAGUGUAUCAUCUAUUUCUUAUUUGCUGGAUGUCACCAUGGUCAUUGUUCACGAGAUAUGUCACCAGUGGUUUGGUGACCUUGUGACUCCUGUGUGGUGGGAAGAUGUGUGGCUGAAGGAAGGUUUUGCUCACUACUUUGAAUUUGUUGGUACAGACUACCUCUACCCUGGCUGGAACAUGGAAAAACAGAGGUUUCUGACAGACGUUCUGCAUGAAGUGAUGCUGCUGGACGGCUUGGCCAGUUCCCAUCCAGUAUCACAGGAAGUUCUACAGGCAACGGAUAUCGACAGGGUGUUUGACUGGAUCGCCUAUAAAAAGGGUGCUGCUUUAAUUAGAAUGCUGGCUAAUUUUAUGGGCCAUUCAGUAUUCCAGAGGGGUUUGCAAGAUUAUUUAACUAUUCAUAAGUAUGGCAAUGCUGCUAGAAAUGACCUGUGGAAUACACUAUCAGAGGCUUUAAAAAAGAAUGGAAAAUAUGUAAAUAUACAAGAAGUAAUGGAUCAAUGGACACUCCAGAUGGGUUAUCCUGUUAUCACUAUCUUAGGAAAUACAACAGCAGAAAAUUGGAUAAUAAUUACCCAGCAACAUUUUAUUUAUGACAUCAGAACUAAAACUAAAGCACCUGCACUUCAGAAUAACAGUUACCUGUGGCAGAUUCCAUUAACUAUUGUGGUAGGAAAUAGAAGCCAUGUGUCUUCAGAAGCAAUUAUUUGGGUGUCUAACAAAUCAGAGCACCACAGAAUAACUUCUUUGGACAAAGGAAGCUGGUUGCUUGGGAACAUCAAUCAAACUGGCUAUUUUAGAGUCAACUAUGAUUUAAGGAAUUGGAGAUUAUUAAUUGAUCAAUUAAUCAGGAACCAUGAGGUUCUCUCUGUCAGUAAUCGAGCAGGCUUGAUUGACGAUGCCUUCAGCCUAGCCAGAGCUGGCUAUUUGCCUCAGAAUAUUCCCCUGGAGAUUAUCAGAUACCUGUCUGAGGAGAAGGAUUUUCUUCCUUGGCAUGCUGCCAGCAGAGCUCUUUAUCCUCUAGAUAAAUUACUGGACCGCAUGGAGAAAUACAAUGUCUUCAAUGAAUAUAUUUUAAAGCAAGUUGCGACAACAUACAUCAAGCUUGGAUGGCCAAAAAACAAUUUUAAUGGAUCUCUUGUUCAAGCAUCCUACCAACAUGAAGAACUACGUAGAGAAGUUAUAAUGCUGGCAUGCAGCUUUGGUAACAAGCACUGUCACCAACAGGCAUCAACACUUAUUUCAGAUUGGAUUUCCAGCAACAGGAACAGAAUACCACUAAAUGUUAGAGACAUCGUCUACUGUACAGGAGUUUCACUGCUAGAUGAGGAUGUCUGGGAAUUUAUAUGGAUGAAAUUCCACUCCACCACGGCAGUUUCUGAGAAGAAAAUAUUGUUGGAAGCCUUAACUUGCAGUGAUGACAGGAAUUUAUUAAAUAGGCUUCUGAAUCUGUCACUGAAUUCUGAGGUGGUGUUGGAUCAAGAUGCAAUCGAUGUGAUAAUCCAUGUAGCUCGAAAUCCACAUGGCAGGGACCUUGCCUGGAAGUUUUUUAGAGAUAAGUGGAAGAUAUUAAAUACCAGGUAUGGAGAGGCAUUAUUUAUGAAUUCCAAACUUAUCAGUGGAGUUACAGAAUUUCUUAAUACUGAAGGUGAACUUAAAGAGCUAAAGAACUUCAUGAAGAACUACGAUGGAGUAGCUGCUGCCUCUUUCUCAAGAGCUGUGGAAACCGUUGAAGCCAACGUGCGCUGGAAAAUGCUUUACCAAGAUGAGCUUUUCCAAUGGUUAGGAAAAGCUCUGAGACACUAAUAUGUGUUUCGUAAACAAUUCAUCUCAAAAUUUUGAGAAGACCUGCAUUAUGUAGAAUGAGGAAAAUGUACUACAUGAAGAAUUGCCAGAUUUUCAGUGUUAACGUGUGGGAGGAAUUUUUUUUUAAUUGUUGGUUUUGGGGGAUUUCGAUUGUUUGUUUCAUUCAUUCUGUUUUGUUUCUCUACUGGGUGUUCUUCUCUAAAGAAACUCUUGCAAAUGAAACUAGCCAUGAUUGCUUCAGCUGUAUAUUCCUUGCUGUACAGGACCAAAUACGAUAGUGGUGCAUGUUGAUGUUGCAGUCAGUUUGGAAAAACAUAUUCAGAAUAUUUUGUGCAUGGUUGUGUGGUCCUGCCUGUAUUCCAGCAUGCUUAUUUAAGAUGUCCAAUGUUGUAUGUGGAUAUAUGUUACAUCCAGGAUGGGCAUUAUGCAAAAGCACAAAGAUUAUCUAUGACAAUCAGUGUUGCAGUAAAAGAAAAACUAAAAAAGGGAAUACUAUUCUUAGUUUUGGGCAUUGUAAGAGGUAAAAUAGCCCUUUAAGUGACCAGAGUCACUUAUAUCAACACUUGGAUUGUCUUGCAAUGAUUACUGUGAUGCUAACUCAUUUUCUUUGAGUUAAAGCUCUGUAUAUGUUAAAAAGGCAUAUAUGCAUAGUGUAUGCAUAUGUGUAUGUACACUGGGAAGCCCCCUAUGUAUGUAGUAUGUUGUACACUGCACUUCUGCAAAGAAUCUUUUCAGAUCAAAGAAAAUUUAUUUCUUUUUAUAAACUUACUCAAACUUUGAAAAGGCUGAAAGGAAUUAAUCUCAACACUAUCAUUCCUGACAAUUUCCUGACUAAAUUUCUCAACUUGUUAUGGAUUUUUUCAUCUACUUCCUGAAAAAUGAUCUAUUCUACUACAUAAAAAUGAAUUCAAACAAAAUUUAUGUGUAGAUUGAACACUGUUCUGAUUCUUCUAAGUGGCAGCCUCAUAUUCUAAAUAUAGAUUCUGCCAUCAUUUUAAGGUUCUUAUUGCAUAAAGCAAUUGUGCAUAAUUAAUAAUUGUUAGUGCUGCAAAAAUAUUUAUUUUUUAUCCUGUUUGUUUUUCCACCUCAUGUUGGGUUGUCCAGUGAGUUAAAAACUCUCACCAUGUGUUGAUUUUGUGUCUACGUCAAUCUAAUCCUCCAUUAAGCAACCAUACCUCAAGUGGGUCUAUUAGCUUUUAAUGACCUUUGAUGCCAGUUGUGCCACCCAUUAAAAUGAAAAGUUGCUUUUCUUGAGUAAAGAUUUUUCUUUGGUAUUGACAACCUUUUUCAUGCUUUGUGUUAUGUAACACAAAUGUUUUUAAAUGGUAUUCUCACCCAGUAGGCUAGCUCUUCAAACAUUGCUUAGAUGUUCCAAAUUGAUAUAUUUUAAGUAUCAUUAUAAAAUACCAAUACAAUUACUGAAAUACGCCAAAUGUCUGUGGACCACUUUCUAUUUUCCCGAGGUUUUCCACUCCUCCAAAUGUUCAUGCAAAUCACUGAAAGAAAAUAUUUUAACUCUAAUAGUCAGUGAACACAGGCAUGGGGUGUGGGGCGGGGAACAGAGGGUAUAGAUAUUUUUGAAACUGGAGCCAUAGAUUUAUUGUAAGUUUGUAGUUUCUAAUCCACAUAAUGAGUAUCACCUAUAAUUGAAUUUUAUCUUUUUUAGCAGUUAAUAUCUGUUACUUAUACCUAAAUUUUUCAGCACUUCAUUUAAUUAAAACACAUAAAUUUUAAAUACUCUAUGUGAUGUUAAUAAGACAUAGUAAUGCAUAAUAUAAAAUCUAAGAGUCAUCUCACUUAUCAGAAGUGAUGAAAUUCAAUUAAUACUCAUCAGAUAUACAAAAUCCUUAAGGGGUAAGUUCUGAGAAAUAACUAUAAAUAUCACACUACUGUGCAAGUCCAAAACAUGUACUAUAUCACCAUUGGAUUCAUGUAACAGAGAAGAUAAGAAACUAGAGGUGGACAUCUUGUUUUGUGUCGUGAAUUACUGAAAAUUCUUAGUAGCUGUGAUAUUCUUUUGAAUGAAAUCACCAUUUCCAGAGUUGAGUUAGAAGGGAUUUUAUAGUUCUUUUUUUCCUCCCCACUGUUGAUAAUCUUAAUCCUCUUUCAGUAUUUUAGUGGCCUUGAACAACUGGUUUAGCUACAAUGUCGAAUCCUAAGUGUAUAAUUAUGUGCAAUGUUCAAUACCUCAUAUAAUAUUUGUUCAACAGUGUAAGUGGUAUCAAUGGCAUUGAGAUGUAAUUUUUGUUCUACAUAUUUUUCAAUAAUUAUCGUUUCAAAUAUUGAAGAUUAUAUCAGGCUUUAAUGUUUUUUAGUUGUUUAAAUAAGUAAUAUUUUCAAAAUAAUAAAAUGACCAAUGAUACUCUUGGAAUAUUCUGUAAAAUGUAGUUAUAAAAUUCUAUUUUCUACAUAGAGUUUUUAUCUUUUUUCUCUUCUUUGUCUGUUUUUCAAAUCAUAUAUAUGCAUGAAAUAACAAUUUGUCGAAAAUGUCCAACAUCUAGGCUUAAAAGUUUACUGUGCCGAUUUAUGUACACCCACCAAACUUGGUUUCAAUUAUAAAGGACUAAAUUAUUUACCAUACUGGGUAUUAAAUUUCUCUAGGUAACUUGUAAAUAAAGAUUUCCCCCAUUUUGAUACA